AUGCCAAGCCAAAAGCUCCCGUUCCAUAUCGCCAUUGUUGGCGGCGGCAUUGGCGGCCUUUGCGCUGCUCUGUCCAUUCACCACCACUGUCCCAAGGAUGGAAGUGUCAUCAUCGAUGUAUACGAGCAAGCACCAGAGUACAAGGAAAUUGGAGCUGGCUUGGGUAUUGGGGUAAAUGCUGCCAAGCUUCUUCACCGCAUCGGGGUGGGGGAAGACCUCAACAAAAUCUCUGGUCAUCGAAAUGGUAUCUGGAUUUCGUUCCGACGUUACGACACUGGCAGCGAGAUUGUUACUGUUCCGGUUGACGACCGACAAGAGAUUAGGCAAAGCCCUGUCCAUCGAGCUGAAUUCUUGUCGCUUUUGUUUGACCACGUGAAGCAACGGAAUGCGGCUACUCUUCACAUCAACAAGAAGUGCAUCGAGCUCAAGGACCAAGGAAACUUUGUCGAGCUAUGUUUUGCCGAUGGGACGACCACGACAGCGGAUUUGGUUGUUGGAUGUGAUGGCAUCCAUUCCAAUAUUCGCUCUCAGUUUCGCUCUGACAACCCGAAAUACAGUGGCCGUAUGUGCUAUCGUGGUCUGGUCCCAAUCAAGGAUCUCGAAUCGUGGUGGCCAUUCGAUUCGUACUCGGUGAGCUGGUUGGGUCCAGACAAGCACUUUCUGGCCUUUCCUAUCAGCAAAAAUACUCUAUUGAACAUUGUGGCUUUCGUCUACUCUGAUGAUGACCGCACCAAGGAGAGCUGGACCGCUACAGGUCACAGAAGCGAAGUUCAGAGAGAGUUUGAAUCCUUCGAUACCACUGUUCGCAAGACUAUAUCGUUUAUGAACGAGAACCCUUCGAAGUGGAUUUUGAACGAUCGCGAGCUUUUAGAUCAGUGGGUAUACGGAGAUGGCAAGAUAGUGUUAAUGGGAGACGCAGCGCACGCAAUGCUUCCACAUCAAGGAGCCGGAGCUGGUCAAGCCAUCGAGGAUGGAUACAUCCUAGGGAGAUCCAUUGCGGACUACCUUGCCGCGUCUCCUGAGAGAGACAUCCAUGCGCUUCAAAAAUGGAUGCAGCUUUACCAAGACGUCCGCCUUCCUCGCGCCCAGAAGGCUCAAGCAACUGCCCGCCAAGCUGGAGAAGUCUAUGAAAUGCAGACAGCAGAGAUGAAGGGAAAAAACUACGAAGACUGUCUACCACUUGUGCGCGACAGCUUGAAGGAUCGUAUGCAGUGGAUAUGGACCGGAGACAUUGAAGCUGAAUAUGCAGCGAAGAAGCAGCUUCUAGAGGAUGAGAGCAACACGCAAGUAGAUGCUGUGUCCGACCGCAAGGACGGACCCAGGAAGCGUCGACGAGCGACUGUGGCCUGCCGUAGCUGCCGGCAACGCAAGACAAAAUGCGAUCACAUUGUCCCUGCGCAGGCAUCCGACGAGAUGCUCCGGGGUAUGACCAAGUCGGCACAAGUAUAUAUCCGGUCCCUGGAACGGCGUGUACGCAACUUUGAAGAUAUUCAACGAGAUGCGAAAAAGUAUCACCACAGUCAGCAGAUGCAACAACAGCCAGCACCUACUGUUCAGACCAUUUCCCCUGUACCAUCGACCAGUCAGUAUGAGGCGACAAAAAUGCCGCCAAUCCAGCGACCUGUUCGGCCAACCGGGUGGUCAGCCAGUCACUCUCAGCAGCAGCAGCAACCUCAGCAUCAAAACAUUCUUCCAACAACUCCAGAUAUAUUCCUCAGUGGCAAAGCUGGCGAAUCUUUUACCCAGCUGAUACUCAACGCUAUGAACAAUCCGUCCGUCAAGCUCGACGCCCAGUCCUUUUCCUCUCCCCGAGAUGGCUCCGUCGAUGUGAGAGGCUCAGAUAAUCUCUUUUCUCCACCUGCCAAUGUCCGGGAAUUGCUCCAGAUAUACUUCGACUUCCACCAUGAGCUUACCCCGAUAUUCCACGUUCCCUCUAUUAUGGCCCAAUUUGAACAAGUUCUCAGCAAUCGUGUUUCUUCUGCAAACAGCGACCAUGUUUACAUCCUAGCUAUCCUCAACAUGAUCUGUGCGCUAGCCGAGGCUCAUAGUCGACAGAAUCAUGGAGAUUCCGAUAUCACCUCUCGCAAAUACUACAAUACGGCAAUGCAGCUGAUGCAGCCCAAUCUCUUGUCAGACUGGAAGAUCGAAAAGGUCCAGGCUCUGCUCCUCGGUGCCCGCUACCUACAGAGCUCUAGCUACAGUGACGAAUGCUGGACAGUCUUGGGACUUGCGAUCCGUAUAGCCUAUGAUCUAGAGCUACACCGGCCACCUGACCCCGACCAAUUCGAUUGCAUAGAUCAAGAAGUUCGUAAACGUGUAUGGUACGCGUGCUUCGGCUUGGAUAAAUUGCUGAGCAUGAUAUACGGCCGUCCUGCUGCUACCUCUACGGCUACAUUCACAACUCCUCCACCAGAGGAUUUAGAUGACGAUUGCAUUCGGCCCAACAGGCUAUUAUUUCCCUCUGUUCACACCACUUCAAGCAUGUCAUUCUUUUUACAAGUCUCCAAACUAUACCGCCUUUUGGAAGCUAUCACAAUGCUAGGUGACCAACCGGCAUUGGCAGACUUGGUCAGAUUGGACGAAGAAUUUGAGACUUGGCAAGCCGAAGUGCCUGUUAGGCUCCGAAUUCGGGAAGCUUCUCUACGUGGAGAUGAGGCCGCGUUAAUCCUUGCGCUCCGUGCCAACAUGGUGUGCAUCUUGAUUCACAGACAGUCAUUGGUGUCAGGUCUCAGUGCGUUGUCGUCAGUAUCCAGUUCUUCAAUACCAUCUACCAAAGGAUGGGAAGGCGGCCGACUACGAACCAGCAUGCUGCAACGGAGUCGGCAGAUCUGUGUGAGUACAGCUGAGGAAACGAUUCGGCUGGUGGCCGAACGACACGAACAGACCAAGAGUGCAAUGGGACCAAGUUGGUUUAACUUGUAUUACCUAUUCACUUCCAUUCUCAUCAUUGUAUCUCAUGUCGUUGACCCAGAUUUUCAAGAUGACCGGAGUGCUUUGAUGCAUCUAGACCAAGCGGUUAAUAUGAUUCGGCAAAUGUCUGUCAACCAUCUCUGUGCACAGAGAGCCUAUGCAUUUCUGCAGCAAUUGCUUGGAGUACUAGAUAGAACUAUGCCAGAAGACAGGCGGAGGUCACUUGAGCGAUAUAGCACGCCUCCAACCGUCAUGACAGGAAGCAAUCGGGGAGCAGCAGAAACCACAAUCUACAGUAACUGCACAACAAUGACAGCAGAUGAGGCAAUGGAAGACGGCGGUGUCGACCUGUGGUCUCUCUGGGAUACCACACAGGAUCUUACAAUGGAUCUAGGCUCCCAAUUAGAGCUCCAUUCAUCUCUAGGUUCGGCCACGUGGUCGUGGGGUGUGGAGAAUCCCGGUGCUGAGUCGCUGAUGCAGUCUCCAACGGCUCUUAGCGGAAUCCCCGGAUGA